GCAACAGGCAGAAGGAGGCUGCCGCGGUCCGCGCGCUCCGCGCUGGGGCCACGCCCAGAAGUUAUAUUUUAACUUCCUGGUUGGUUUUUCUUUGCACGGAAGCAUGAGCCAUAGUGAAAGGGAUCAGCCAUUUGAAAAGAAGCCUGUGUGCCACCAGGAUGCCUAUGGAGUGGAUUUCAGUUCUGCUGCUGCUACAGCUGAGUGGUCAGUUCAGCCCUGGGAGUUGUGGAAAGGUGCUGGUGUGGCCCACAGAAUACAGCCACUGGAUCAACAUGAAGACCAUCCUGGAUGCACUUGUCCAGAGAGGUCAUGAAGUGACUGUUCUGACAUCUUCAGCUUCAAUUCUUGUUGACCCCAAUAAACCAUCUGCUAUUCAAUUUGAGGUUUUUCCUACAUCUGUAACAAAAGAUGAUUUUGAGGAUCUUUUCAAUCGGCUGACCUCUAAGUUGACAUAUACGCCAAAAUAUACAUUUUGGACUUAUUAUUCACAAAUUCAAGAUAACAUUUGGGAAUAUUUUGAUUAUAUUCAAAAGCUCUGUAAAGAGGCUGUUUUGAACAAGAAACUUAUGAGAAAACUACAGGAAUCAAGGUUUGAUGUCGUUCUUGCAGAUCCCUCUGGACCCUGUGGUGAGCUGCUGGCUGAGCUACUUAAAAUACCUUUUGUGUACAGUCUCCGCUUCUCUUUUGGCUAUACAAUUGAAAAGUACAGUGGAGGACUUCCAUUCCCUCCAUCCUACGUACCUAUCAUUCUCACAAAACUUACCGACCAAAUGACCUUUCUGGAAAGUGUAAAAAAUACAAUGCUCUCCGUUUUCUUUGACUUAUGGAUCCAGGAUUAUGACAUUCAUUUUUGGGACCAGUUUUACAGUGAAGCAUUGGGAAGACCCACUACAUUAUGUGAGACUCUGGGGAAAGCUGAAAUUUGGUUAAUUAGAACAUAUUGGGAUUUUGAAUUUCCUCGUCCAUAUCUACCUAAUUUUGAAUUUGUUGGAGGAUUGCACUGCAAACCUGCCAAACCAUUACCUAAGGAAAUAGAAGAAUUUGUCCAGAGCUCGGGCAAAGACGGUAUUGUGGUGUUUUCUCUGGGUUCAAUCAUCCAAAAUCUCACAGAAGAAAAGGGCAAUCUUAUUGCCUCAGCCCUUGCCCAGAUUCCACAGAAGUUCUUAGUGAUAAUAGACAAAAUAGGAGCAGCUGUGGAGGUGAACAUGCACACAAUGACAAGUGCAGACUUGCUCAAGGCCUUGAGAACAGUCAUUAAUGAUCCUUCCUAUAAAGAGAAUGUGAUGAGGUUAUCAAGGAUUCACCAUGAUCAACCUGUAAAGCCCCUGGAUCGAGCCGUCUUUUGGAUCGAGUUUGUCAUGCGCCACAAAGGAGCCAAACACCUGCGGCCAGCUGCUCACAACCUCACCUGGGUCCAGUACCACUCUUUGGAUGUGAUUGUGUUCCUGCUGGCCUGUGCAGCAUCUGCUAUAUUCUUGAUCACAAAAUGUUGUUUAUUUUCUUGCCGAAAAUUUGGUAAAACAGGAAAGAGGAAAAAGAGAGAAUAG